AUGAGUGAAUUUAGGCCUAAAUUCUUAAAGCCUUCAGAUACCACUAGUUUUCUGGAUAGAGAUGAUUCUUACAGCGUAGAAACCACCGAUUUCGUUUACAAUAGAUAUUUGUCUCAGUCUAUUCAAACGCAAAGGCAAAGGUUGCCCAUUUUCAAUAACAGAAAUCAUAUACUUUACCUCCUAGAGAAGUACCAAACUUUGAUUCUAAUCGGGGAAACUGGCUGCGGAAAGAGCACUCAAAUUCCACAGUACAUGAUAGAGGCGGAAUGGCCCGGACAAAUAGGAGUAUGCGAACCAAGAAGAGUGGCGGCUAUUUCUUUAGCUAAUAGGGUAGCAGAUGAGACGGGCACUCUUGUGCAACAAGAUACAGUUGGAUACGCAGUUCGAUUCGAUGCUUGUUAUAACAAACCAAAAAUUAAGUAUAUGACCGAAGGAAUAUUGCUUAGAGAAAUGAUGUCUGAUCCACUUCUUAAAGGUUACUCUGCAAUUAUGCUGGACGAAGCUCACGAAAGAUCAUUAUACACAGAUAUAUUGAUGGGUUUGAUGAAGAAAAUUUUAAAGAAACGUAAAGACCUUAGACUAAUAGUGGCUUCAGCAACUUUAGAUGCCAAAGAGUUACACGACUUUUUUAAUAACAAUACCACCGAUGAUAAGAAAAACGAUACUGCCGUUAUCAUGUCAGUGGAAGGGAGACAAUUUCCUGUUGAGAUAUUUUAUAUAUCAGAGCCAGUCCCGUGUUACGUUCAAGCAUCCGUAGACAGUGUUCUUAAAAUCAACGCGUCCAAAGCAACAGGUGACAUCCUAGUUUUUCUAACCGGCCAAGAAGAAGUAGACCGAGCUGUGAGGUUGCUAAACGAACACGCAAAUUUGAUAGAAGAAUCUAGAAAGAAGGAAAAUAUGAUGGUACUACCCAUGUACGGUUCUCUGCCACACCACGAACAACUAAAAGUCUUUAAACCACCACCUAAUGGUUACAGGAAAGUUGUAGUUGCAACCAAUGUGGCUGAAACUUCAGUUACUAUACCUGGAAUUGUUCACGUGAUCGACUGUGGAUUUGUUAAGCUUAAAUGGUACAAUACAGAAACUCAUACUGAUAGUUUGGUAGUACUCCCAAUCAGCAAAUCCUCCGCAGCUCAGAGAGCUGGUAGAGCUGGAAGAGUGAGAUCUGGUAAUGUGUAUAGACUCUACACAGAGGAAGACGCAGCAAAACUAGCAGACAACACUCCACCUGAGAUGGUUCGGAGUAACUUGACAUAUGCAGUGUUACAAAUAAAAGCUUUAGGGAUAGCUAAUCUACUCAAAUUCAGUUUUCCUAGUCCACCUCCUAUUGAGAAUUUAAAGAGUGCCUUAGAAAUUUUGUAUGCGUUAGAUGCAAUAGACAUUGAUGGGGAGUUAACUAAACCGAUCGGUUAUAAUAUGGCUGAAUUUGCGCUCGACCCAUUAUACUCAAAGGUGCUACUUAGUUCAGGAGAAUUUGGUUGUUCUGAAGAGAUCCUCACCAUCAUCGCCAUGCUUCAAGUGGAAACAGUAUUUACAAAACCUACUAGUGGUAACUCAAUUAUAAGAGCUAGGAUUCAAAAACGGCUAUUUGAAGUGGAAGAAGGAGAUCUAAUAACGUACUUAAACGUAUUCAAUGGUUUUAUCCAAAGCGAAAUGUCGCAGGGAUUUUGCCAUAAGAAUUUUUUAAGCUACAAAAGUUUAAAAAGAGUGGUGGAAAUAAGAAAGAGGUUGGAGAAGAUGAUGAGAAGUUAUGAGAUUCCUAUAGAAUCUUGUAUAAGGUCAACAGAAACUAUUCGAAAAUGUUUGGUGAAAGGUCUGUUCCCAAAUGCUGCCUAUUUACACCACAGUGGUGUUUAUAAAACAAUCAGAGGAGAUAUUGAACUUUUUGUCCAUCCUGAUAGCGUUUUGUAUACUAUGUCUCAACCGCAAUGGAUUUUAUUUUGUCAAGUAGUGCAUACAACAAAAUUGUACAUGAAAGACUUGACAGUGAUUGAAAAUGACUGGUUAUUAGAAUUAGCUCCUCAUUUUUACUACAAAACAACAUUCCGCGAAUAA